AUGACAAACCCCAUCAAUAAGUCAUUGAUCAAAGAGAGGAAGAAAAAAUCAUGGUUUAGUAAUGUGAUUGGGUUUAUGAAGAUAAUGUUUAUUGGAUGUGGGCAAAAGAAACCGAAGCAUUUGUCCAAGUCUGUGGUGGGGCAUUUCAGAGCACAAGAUGUGCCAUUAAAGAGGAAGUUGAGGGAGUUUCCUGUGACUGAAGACGCUCUUCUUCCUGUUGGUACUUCACUCGGAGUCCGUCAUUUUGUUCCGGGACAGUACGUUGAUGUCACUGGGAUCAGUCGAGGGAAAGGUUUUGAGGGUUGGAUGAAAAGAUGUGGUUUCAGCGGAAUGCCUGCAACACAUGGUGCUUCAUUGUCCCAUCGAAGUGGUGGUUCCACAGGGCAAAGAGAUGCUCCUGCAAAGGUGUUCAAGGGGAGAAAGAUGCCUGGGAGAAUGGGUGCAGAUCAGAGGACCGUAAAGAAUGUUUGGCUUUACAAGAUCGAUCCUGCGAGGAACCUCAUCUGGGUGAGGGGACAAGUUCCUGGCGCAGAAGGAAACUUUGUGUUCAUAAGAGAUGCUUGGUACAAGAAACCAGACAUCUCAAAGCUUCCAUUUCCAACUUAGUGGGGUUAUUGGUUUAAGAUUUGAAUAGAGUUUUAAAGAUUUUAAAUUUUAUGUAGAAUCUGUUAUUAU